AUGACGGUCCCCAAGGAGAUUCCUGAGAAGUGGGCCCGGGCCGGGGCACCUCCCUCCUGGAGCCGAAAGAAGCCCUCUUGGGGGACAGAAGAAGAGAGGAGGGCGCGGGCUAAUGACCGAGAAUACAAUGAGAAAUUUCAGUAUGCGAGCAACUGCAUCAAGACCUCCAAGUACAAUAUUCUCACCUUCCUGCCUGUCAACCUGUUUGAGCAGUUCCAGGAAGUUGCCAACACCUACUUCCUGUUCCUUCUUAUUCUGCAGUUGAUCCCACAGAUCUCUUCCCUGUCCUGGUUCACCACCAUUGUGCCUUUGGUUCUGGUCCUCACCAUCACCGCUGUUAAAGAUGCCACUGAUGACUACUUCCGCCACAAGAGUGAUAACCAGGUGAAUAACCGGCAGUCUCAGGUGCUGAUCAAUGGAAUCCUCCAGCAAGAGCAGUGGAUGAAUGUCUGUGUUGGUGAUAUUAUCAAGCUUGAAAAUAACCAGUUUGUGGCGGCGGAUCUCCUGCUCCUUUCCAGCAGUGAGCCCCAUGGGCUGUGUUACAUAGAGACGGCAGAACUUGAUGGAGAGACCAACAUGAAAGUGCGCCAGGCGAUUCCUGUCACCUCGGAGCUGGGAGACAUCAGCAAGCUUGCCAAGUUUGAUGGUGAAGUGAUCUGCGAACCCCCCAAUAACAAGCUGGACAAAUUCAGCGGAACCCUCUAUUGGAAGGAAAACAAGUUCCCCCUGAGCAACCAGCACAUGCUGCUGCGGGGCUGCGUGCUUCGAAACACCGAGUGGUGCUUCGGGCUAGUCAUCUUUGCGGGUCCUGACACUAAGCUGAUGCAGAACAGCGGCAGGACGAAGUUCAAGAGAACCAGUAUUGAUCGCCUAAUGAAUACCCUGGUGCUCUGGAUUUUUGGAUUCCUGGUCUGCAUGGGAGUGAUCCUAGCCAUUGGCAACGCCAUCUGGGAGCAUGAGGUUGGGACGCGCUUCCAGGUCUACCUGCCCUGGGACGCGGCGGUGGACAGUGCCUUUUUCUCCGGUUUCCUUUCCUUCUGGUCCUACAUCAUCAUCCUCAACACCGUCGUGCCCAUCUCCCUGUAUGUCAGUGUGGAGGUCAUCCGUCUGGGCCACAGCUACUUCAUCAACUGGGACAAGAAGAUGUUCUGCAUGAAGAAGCGCACGCCCGCGGAGGCCCGCACCACCACCUUGAAUGAGGAACUGGGCCAGGUGGAGUACAUCUUCUCUGACAAGACAGGCACCCUCACCCAGAACAUCAUGGUCUUCAACAAGUGUUCCAUCAAUGGCCACAGCUACGGUGAUGUGUUUGAUGUCCUGGGACACAAAGCUGAAUUGGGGGAGAGACCUGAACCUGUUGACUUCUCCUUCAAUCCUCUGGCUGACAAGAGGUUCUUGUUUUGGGACCCCAGUCUCUUGGAGGCUGUCAAGAUGGGGGACCCACACACGCAUGAGUUCUUCCGCCUCCUUUCUCUGUGUCACACCGUUAUGUCAGAAGAAAAGAACGAAGGAGAGCUGUACUACAAAGCCCAGUCCCCAGAUGAGGGCGCCUUGGUCACUGCAGCCAGGAACUUUGGUUUUGUGUUCCGCUCUCGCACCCCCAAGACAAUCACCGUCCACGAGAUGGGCAUAGCCAUCACCUACCAGCUACUGGCCAUUCUGGACUUCAACAACAUCCGCAAGCGCAUGUCAGUCAUAGUGCGGAACCCAGAGGGGAAGAUCCGACUGUACUGCAAAGGAGCCGACACUAUCCUGCUCGACCGACUCCACCACUCCACGCAUGAGCUGCUCAGCGCCACCACGGACCACCUGAAUGAGUAUGCAGGGGAAGGGCUGAGGACCCUGGUCCUGGCCUAUAAGGAUCUAGAUGAAGAGUAUUACGAGGAAUGGGCCGAGAGACGACUGCAGGCCAGCCUGGCUCAGGACAGCCCAGAAGAUAGGCUGGCCAGCAUCUAUGAGGAGGUGGAGAGCGACAUGAUGCUGCUGGGUGCGACAGCCAUUGAGGACAAGCUUCAGCAGGGGGUUCCAGAGACCAUUGCCCUCCUCACCCUGGCCAACAUCAAGAUCUGGGUGCUAACUGGAGACAAGCAAGAGACGGCUGUGAACAUUGGCUACUCCUGCAAGAUGCUGACGGACGACAUGACCGAGGUGUUCGUAGUCACUGGCCACACGGUCCUGGAGGUGCGAGAAGAACUCAGGAAAGCCCGGGAAAAGAUGAUGGACUCCUCCUGUGCUGUGGGCAACGGCUUCUCCUACCAGGAGAAACUGUCUUCUUCCAAGCUGGCUUCUGUCCUGGAGGCUGUGGCUGGGGAGUAUGCCCUCGUCAUCAAUGGUCACAGCCUGGCCCAUGCGUUGGAGGCAGACAUGGAGCUGGAGUUUCUGGAAACAGCCUGUGCCUGCAAAGCUGUCAUCUGCUGUCGGGUGACACCCUUGCAAAAGGCGCAGGUGGUGGAGCUGGUGAAGAAGUACAAGAAGGCUGUGACACUUGCCAUUGGGGAUGGAGCCAAUGAUGUCAGCAUGAUCAAAACGGCUCACAUUGGUGUGGGCAUCAGCGGGCAGGAGGGGAUCCAGGCUGUCCUGGCCUCCGAUUACUCCUUCUCUCAGUUCAAGUUCCUGCAGCGCCUCCUGCUGGUGCAUGGGCGCUGGUCCUACCUGCGCAUGUGCAAGUUCCUCUGCUAUUUCUUCUACAAGAACUUCGCCUUCACUAUGGUCCACUUCUGGUUUGGCUUCUUCUGCGGCUUCUCAGCCCAGACUGUGUACGACCAGUAUUUUAUCACCCUCUAUAACAUUGUAUACACCUCCCUUCCAGUCCUGGCUAUGGGGGUCUUUGAUCAGGAUGUCCCCGAGCAGCGGAGCAUGGAGUACCCAAAGCUAUAUGAGCCAGGCCAGCUGAACCUCCUCUUCAACAAGCGGGAGUUCUUCAUUUGCAUCGCCCAGGGCAUCUAUACAUCUGUACUCAUGUUCUUCAUCCCUUACGGGGUGUUUGCGGAGGCCACUCGGGAUGAUGGCACCCAGCUGGCCGACUAUCAGUCCUUUGCGGUCACUGUGGCCACGUCACUGGUCAUUGUGGUCAGCGUGCAGAUCGGGCUAGAUACAGGCUACUGGACGGCCAUCAACCACUUCUUCAUCUGGGGCAGCCUUGCAGUUUACUUUGCCAUCCUCUUUACCAUGCACAGCAACGGGCUCUUUGACAUGUUUCCGAACCAGUUCCGGUUUGUAGGGAAUGCCCAGAACACGCUGGCCCAGCCCACAGUGUGGCUCACCAUUGUCCUCACCACGGUCGUCUGCAUCAUGCCUGUGGUUGCCUUCCGGUUCCUCAGGCUCAACCUGAAGCCAGAUCUCUCUGACACGGUCCGCUACACCCAGUUGGUGAGGAAGAAGCAGAAAGCUCAGCACCGAUGUAUGCGCCGGGUGGGCCGCACGGGGUCCCGGCGCUCGGGCUAUGCCUUCUCCCAUCAGGAAGGCUUUGGGGAGCUCAUUAUGUCCGGCAAGAACAUGCGACUCAGCUCCCUGGCACUCUCCAGCUUCACCACACGCUCCAGCUCCAGCUGGAUCGAGAGCCUGCGCAGGAAAAAGAGUGACAGUGCCAGCAGUCCUGGCGGGGGAGCUGAGAAGCCCCUGAAGGGGUGAAGACCCGGACUGGGAUGCCCUGUGGUGGUGGCGCAGCGUACAGGCUGUUGGGCCCCAAGGGACAGCUCUGAGAACUACUGUCCUCAUUGCUUGCCUGCCCUGCCUUCAGGGAAGCUCUGGCCCUGCUGGCCCUGCCCAAGUGGGGGUGGGGGUGGCCUAGGCAGGGCAGGGGCUCAGGUGUGGGGAUGAAGCCCCGUGGGGACCAGCUGUGGAACUACAGAUGAGGAAAACUGUGAGAGAUUGCGUCUGCCCCUGCCUUGCCGGGGAGCCCACAGGGAGACUCUAAUCUCAUUUUUUUACUCCCAUUCCCCAGUGGGGCCCUUCAGCCCCUGUUCCUGAAUUACACAAGAAUGUAACAUGCCGGGAAGCCAGAGACCUGCUGGGGCCUCUGGGCCCCUCACGUUG